CAUUACACGUAUAACUCUCGGGGCAGUCUACCAAGAAGAAAUCACAAUGGCGAAUUUUGACGGUACCAGCUCGUCUCCUCUUCUGAAAUUGGCAAAGCAACCAGGUAGUCGUUACAAUGGAGGCCUAUUUCGAGGGACGUAUCCCACGAUUGGCCUUCCUCCAGGAUCGUCAAGUCAAGAGCUGCUUUUUCACGUGGUCUCCAGUGAUCAAACCGGGCCUGAUGGGAAGUCGUUUGAACUUGUAUCCUUGGUGCCAAAAGAUUGGGUAGAUGUAGAUUUCAAAUAUUUUCUUCAUCCCCAUCCUGACUUUAAUGUCAACGGACUCUACACUUGGGAAUGGCUUUUGAUUAAUUUCAAAAAGCGCAGGUACCCUGAGCUGACUUUUGUAGAAUACGACAUAAUGGAUCUUACCACUGAAUGCCCUGUUCCUUAUGAAGAAGCUGAGAAUGAAAUUAGUAAAGUUUUAAACACCUUGCAAGAAACUCAGCUAGGAAGCAACGAGAGCCUCGAAUCCUGGGAACGACCUCCGAAAGAGCUCUCUUUUUGCUCUAAUGGUGAUACAAGUUCGCACGCCCUUAUGCAGCUAGCGAAAAGAAUGGAUAACUCCAAAAACUUGUCUAGAAGCUUUUCUGCAAGUACUCCUAAUAAUAGACCUGGUUCUGGUAGCAAGCCUUUUCCUACUACUUGUGGAAAUAUUGCGAAAAAGCCUCGAACAAUUGUCAGUAAGAAAGGAGCAGCAUCAAAGGGAACGGACGAUGAGCGAAAUUUUACUCAUAGUAGAAAUCAAUCCGUGAUUUCUCUUGACAGUGAACCGAACGCAAGUUCUAAUCGUAAAAAUUCCGAAACGAGAUUUACGGGAGUAACGGCUUUAGAAAAACGAAAUAGUGUUUCCAAUGGUGAGACCGGAAUUGCAGUUCAGAACAAUAUUCCAACAAACACUUCUGAUGAUGCAGCUUGGAAAGCCCAAGUGUUGCAGGGCAUAAAUGCCACUAAUUCAUUACUGAAGCAUUUGAUUCCGUCAAAAAAAUUUAUAGAAACAUGUCUCGAUAAAAACAUGGAUCACUUUCGGAAAACGGUAGACCGAAACUUAAGUCUUCCUUUGAACCGGUUAGAAGACGUCAUGAUACUCAACACUGCUCUAAUUGAUUUGGAUCUAUCCGUUAGUCUGUGCGCGGUCCAAAUUACGGAUCUCGGUCACAUUUCGUACUGUUCAACUUUAGCUAAAAGAAUAAUGGACUGCUUGAUGACCUGUGAAAUCUGCACGAAGAUGCAGUGGAAGACGCGUACCAAAGAUUCGCGGCCGGGUAUUUGCCCUGUCGUCAACAUUCUUUCAAUUUUCAGAGCAGUGAUGACGGCUGUUUUAGAGAAACACAACAAAACCACUUCAAUGGCCAAGAUUGUUUUUGCCGUCCAAGAAGCGAGGCGCCAGCAUCAAUGUGAAUACUAUAAGUCGUUGAACAUGACGCCAGUAAAUGAAUCGGAGGAGGAAAGUAGUUCUGUUAAAAAGAAAUGCGAAAAAAGCCAAGCCAUCCUACUGAUGCAACAGCGGACUAAGGCAAUCUUACAGGCAUUGGAAAAUUAUCGAGAAUAAUCACAAGCGCAUUGGAGAACAUAAUAUUAUUUCUUUCAAGUGAUUGUAUUAGUUUGUUGGUGAAUUAUUUCUUUUUGGUUUUCUACAUUAAUUUUUUCAAGAACCAAUAGUGAAUUGAAACAAUAAUUUGACUUUUUUAUGAUUCUCAAUUUCAACAACAAUAUAAUUUUCCGUUAACAGCACA